AUGGCCAAACGUACGAAAAAGGUUGGAAUUACCGGCAAAUAUGGUACGCGUUACGGUGCCUCCUUGCGUAAAAUGGUUAAGAAAAUGGAAGUGACACAACACGCCAAAUACACUUGUUCUUUCUGCGGUAAAGAUGCAAUGAAGCGUUCCUGCGUUGGUAUCUGGUCCUGCAAGCGAUGCAAGAGGACAGUAGCUGGUGGAGCGUGGGUGUUCUCUACCACAGCAGCUUCAUCCUGCCGUUCAGCAGUUAGAAGAAACCUACUUUUAGAUAUUUCUGACGGCUCCAAGUCUAAUUCUAUGUAUUCUGACUGCUUCGGCGAUGGUUGGGAUUGUAGUAAGAAGACAAAUGAAGUUACUGUUAGAAAUGUAGAAGAGUUCCGAGGUAAAAAGGCAGCAAUAGCAGCUGCUUUACAAAACAAUAUAGAAGAGGAAGAGACAAAUUUGGAAGAGAAUGAGGUAGAACAAGAUAUUGGUGAUGAUGGAUUGUUGCUACCGCCAUAUCCAAGGUCAAGGCUUAAGAGAUGGGCCCCUGUAGAACCUGUAAGACCGCAGGGUGAUUCUCCAGGAGAGAUGGGUAAAGCAGUAAACAUUCCAAUAGAACAGGAGAAACUUAUGUUGGAUAAAUUUCAAGAGAAUCAGUUCAAUUUGUUAGCUAGUGAUAUGAUCUCACUGAAUAGAUCACUAACAGAUGUUAGAUUUGAAAAAUGCAAAGACAAGCCAUACCCGAACCUGCUGCCAACAACGAGCGUCGUUAUUGUCUUCCAUAACGAGGCAUGGACGACAUUAAUACGAACUAUUUGGAGCACUAUCAAUCGAUCGCCUCGUCCUUUGCUCAAGGAGAUCAUUCUGGUUGAUGAUGCAAGCGAAAAAGAACACCUCGGCAAAAAACUUGAGGACUACAUAAAGACUCUCCCAGUGCCAACUCACCUUUUCCGAACGGAAAAUCGCUCGGGACUCAUACGGGCGCGACUUUUGGGGGCGAAACACGUCAAAGGAGACGUCAUUACAUUCCUGGAUGCCCAUUGCGAAUGCACAGAGGGCUGGCUCGAACCACUGUUAGCUAGAAUAGUAGAAGACAGAACGACAGUGGUUUGCCCGAUCAUUGACGUCAUAUCUGACACGACCUUCGAAUACAUACAGGCGUCAGACAUGACCUGGGGUGGUUUCAACUGGAAACUCAACUUUAGAUGGUAUAGGGUGCCCGAGCGGGAGAUGACGCGGCGCGGCGGCGACCGCACGGCCCCGCUUAGGACCCCCACAAUGGCCGGUGGCCUGUUCGCUAUCGACCGGGACUACUUCUACAAGAUCGGCUCCUACGACGAGGGCAUGGAUAUCUGGGGCGGAGAGAACCUCGAGAUGAGCUUCCGGGUGUGGCAGUGCGGCGGCCGGCUGGAGAUAGUGCCGUGCUCGCACGUGGGCCACGUGUUCCGCGACAAGUCGCCGUACUCGUUCCCGGGCGGUGUCCAGAACGUGGUGCUGCACAACGCGGCCCGCGUCGCCGAAGUCUGGAUGGACGAGUGGGGGGAGUUCUAUUACGCCAUGAACCCAGGGGCGCUGAACGUGCCCGUCGGUGACGUCAGCGAACGCAAAGCGCUCAGACAGAGGCUGAAGUGCAAGAGCUUCAGGUGGUACUUGGAGAACAUUUACCCUGAGAGCCAGAUGCCGUUGGAAUACUACUUCCUCGGAGAGAUCCGUAACGCCGAGACGUCCAACUGCUUGGACACAAUGGGCGGCAAGGCGGGCCAGCCGCUCGGCAUGGGCUACUGCCACGGAAUGGGCGGCAACCAGGUGUUCGCGUACACGAAACGCAAGCAGAUCAUGUCGGACGACAACUGCCUCGACGCGGCGCACCCGCGCGGCCCCGUCAAGCUGAUACGGUGCCACGGGAUGCGCGGGAACCAGGAGUGGACAUAUGACAGCAAGACGCGGACGAUAAAGCACACCAACACCGGCAUGUGCCUGGACAAGCCGGAGUCUUCUGACGUGUGGAAGCCGGUGCUGCGGGCUUGCAACCGAUCGCGGGGCCAGCAGUGGCUGAUGCAGGUGGAUUUCAAGUGGCAGGCGCGCAGAAAUGCUCGCAGCCCGCCGAGC